UGUUGUUGUUGUCCGGAGUCCAACGCCGUCCGACCGUGCGACCUGCGGGAGAGCUCUCCAGGCGACUUUUGCGCCGUCCCCUCGUCCGCUCUCCCUCGCGUCUACUUCGAGUCGAAUCCAUGGCGAUGGCGACCAACUCGUUCCCCAGAUACCGAGCCGUCUCGAAGGGCACUACUUGAGAGCAGGAUACGGACUUAAUCCAAGAUUAAUCCGCAGCUCCGUGCGCCAAGAGUCUCUCAGCGCAGUCGGAAAUGGCGAAGGUGGUACGAGGAGGCGGCGAUGGGGGGCUGAUAGAGAGGCUACCACAGAGCCUAGUACUGGAAAUAUUUGGGAGGCUCGACUUGGAGUCUCUGUGCUCGGCGGCUCCCGCCUGCAAAGCUCUCCGGUUCUCGGUGUCGCAGGUUCUCUCAACCAUCUCCACAAUCGACCUCUCUGGGUUUUCACAUACUGUCCAGAUCCUGAAUAGAGUUCUGACUAAUAAUAGAAUGCUUCGAAGCCUUACCCUUGAUUGUGUUGAGCUAGAUGAUUCUUCAAUUGAAGUUUUUGGCAAGGAACAUCUCCAAGAACUUGUUUUGCUUAAGUGCUUCAGGUUCUCUUUGUAUAUUCUCACAGCCAUCAGCAGAAAGUGCCCCAAUUUAAGACUUUUAUCAUUGGAAAUGGUAUGUCCAUGUGAUGUUGAAUCACCUGAUGACUGCAACAAUUCCAUAGCAAAGAUGCUCGAGGGAUGCUUGUACUUGGAGUCUCUGUCUAUAAAGUUCCAUGACCAUUAUGGUGACACAUGUUAUGUUGAAUUCAGCCAGCUCAUCCUUCCGAAAACCAUUAGAGUUCUGCUGUUGCAGCCUAUAUCUGAUAGGCAAGCCAAGCUGCUUGUCCUCAAAGCUGGAGCUGAUAGGAAUUCAACCGCAUCGUUAGCUGGUGCUGGCAGUUCCUUUCUAAGGCCCAAUAGUAAUGGACUGCAGUCGCUAUCUCUUGUUUUAAAUAAAAUAAAAGAUGAACUUCUUAUAGCUAUUGCAAGCAGUCUUCCUCAAUUGGUUGGGCUGUGUCUUGAAGAUAAACCACUGGGGGAGCCCUCUUUGCACAAUGACUUGACCAACAGAGGGCUUCAGUCUCUAGGCUCCUGUAGAAAUUUGACUAGCCUUUCGCUUACACGGAGUAGACAAAAUUACCCAGCCACUUUCAGAAGGGUGAAUGAUGUUGGUAUUCUCCUCCUAUCUGAGGGAUGUAGAAGACUUGAAUCAGUAAGACUUGGUGGAUUUUCUCGAGUGACCGAUGCAGGCUAUGUAUCUUUUCUUCACUCCUGCAAGAACUUGAAAAGGUUUGAGGUCGUCAAUGCUUUUUUCUUGUCAGAUUUGGCAUUUCACAAUCUUGCUGAUGCCACAAACUCCCUUGUUGAAGUGAGAUUGUUGUCCUGCAAUCUUGUAACCAGUGAAACUGCAGAAUCUCUAUCCUUAUGCAGAAAUUUGGAGGUUCUGGACCUUUCAGGAUGCAAAAGCACUGCAGAUGUUGGGCUCAUUUCAAUUUCAAAACUUUGUAAAUUGACUACAUUGGAUCUUGGUGGAGCUGAUAUUACUGACAGUGGUUUAGCAGCCCUUGGUCAUGGGAGUUGCCCGAUUGCUUCUUUAUGUCUAAGGGGCUGCAAAAGGAUCACAGAUAGAGGGAUAGCGCUUUUGUUGUAUCAGGAUGGCAUUAUUAGGAGAACUUUAUCAACUCUUGAUCUGGGUUACCUGCCUGGAUUGUCGGAUAAAGGUAUGUCUACUAUUGCUGAGGUCUGUAGAGAAAUCACCAACCUCAGCAUCCGGAGUUGUUUCUAUGUCACUGAUGCUUCUAUAACAGUUCUGGGUUCAAUGGAAGCAUUUGAGGGCAAAAGAAGACCACUUCGAAAGCUUGAUCUCUAUAGCUGUAGUGGGUUGUCAAACGCUUCUUUUUGGCUACUUGCCCCUCCCUUCUUCCGUGGCCUACGCUGGCUUGGUGUGGGAAACACUAGGUUGCUGGAUGAAAGCGAAAACAGAUUUGUGGAACUUUCAAGAGACCGACCAUGCCUAACAAUUUGCACAAAGGGCUGUGAGAUGGGUUGCAAGGCUGGAUUUCAUGCAUUGACAUGAAUUUAUCUGACAAUAUAAAUUUGGUAUUGACCAUUUGUGUGUAAGUUCAAGAAGUACAGCGGAGAUGAAAUGAUGGAUGGCUAUUUGAUGGACUCUUUGCAUCUGAAAAUAUGGUGUUUUCCAUGCCAGACCUAAAUUCCUCCCCCUCUUACUCAGGAUAGCUAGCGAGAGGAAGUGCUGCUGAUGUUGAAAAGUUCCUUCGGACAUGAAGCAUCGACAAUUGUAGCGACUUGCAUUUCCUACAUCAAGAGCAGGAUUUGAUAUUUCUCUCUCAUCUCCUUUUAUAUCUUGUGAAGCAGGAAGAGAAUGGACUCUAGCAAGGUCCAGUUUAGAAGGCUAAAUCAUCUUGGAGUCAUUCAGGACCAGACUCUUUUCUCGAAGUAUGAAGUUGAUGCUACAAUGGUGCUUCCAUGCCUGGUAUCGAGGUUCAGAAAAAGGAAGCAGUUAUCUUUUCUUUUUUCUUCUUCUCUGAUGGCAGUUGAUUAUUAACUAAGACCUCCCAUGAUGAUUUUCAUUCCAGAUGAAAAAGGUGGAGCAUUCGAGAUUAGGCUGAGGGAUGGUUACCGAAAAAGAAACCAUGACUAGAAUAGACCUAUUCCAACUGCCAUUGCAAAGCAGGCUAUCAGUUUUGUGCUUGUGGCCACUUGAGAAAAGGUUUUUGUGCUUGAAUUAAUGAAUUUUUUCUAUGCUCGAUGUGAACUAGUGUCUGUUUAAGCUUCACUUAGUAUUACAAGACAUGAAACUUUUAUUGAAAAGAAACCCCGACUGAAUUUAACCCAAGAAUUUAGAGAAGCUAACUUUGCUACCAUUCUACUUA